GUGUGUGCACGUUGUGCGAUUCUCGUUCCAGACGUCCAGACGUUCCGAGUGAGACGCUAGAUGAUCAUCCAGAGUUGGUAAAUAUAUGAGAGAGAGAGAGAGCCUAAAAAGGGGAGGGGGGAGAUCCUCUCUCACUCGUUCUUUCCGCACACUGAAAAGAGAUCGAGUUCGGCAGCGUAAAAGUUUCUCGAAAGGUGGUAGUGGGGGGGAAGGGGGGAAGGCAUAGGCUCACAUCGCCGUCGUUAGCAGCCGCACGGUGCGCUAGUUUCGGCUUGCCGCUCCGACGUGACGGUAGUCUCUUUGUCGGCGUCACAUUUAGUGCGCCGAGUCGGCAUUUUUCGCGAGUGAAAUACUCUCGUUUCCAGUGUGCAAAAAAAUAAAAAUAAAUUUAAAAAAAAUAGUGUUAACUCAAGUGCAAUCGACCCUGGAUUUAAUUAGUGAUUUUCUUCGUUUUCUGUGGGCAAAAAAAAAAUAAAUAUCAUCGUUUACAAGUGUUUUCAGUUUGUACAGUGUGAAUAAGCAAAAAAAAAUUAGUUUACAAGUGUGUUUAAAUAGUUUCAUUAUUUGGAUUACUCUCUUCUUUACAUCAGUUUUGGAUUUUUGCUUCAUUUUUCAAAAAAGAUCAUGAGAUCGUAGAUCUGGAGUCGUCACGAGAAGCGGUGAAGCCGAAGAGAGUUCCAAAGAAGCCAAUAAGGAUGAGCUAGCAAAAUGAGAGAAAUGAAGCAGCAUCUGCUGCUCUCGUGGAUUGGUUUCUGGCUCUGGCUAUUUGCAGUCACAGCCGGAUCCCCAUCAUCCACCGAAGGAUCACCAGAAGAAACACUGCCACCUUUUACAACAACAACAGCAAUUCCACCAACGACAAUUACACCACCCACCACUGAAUUAACACCACUAGAAGAAUUCCGCUUUACGGAAUUAACCUACAAUGUCUCAAUUUUGGAGAAUUCAAUUGGUAAGACGUACGUGGUGCCUGAGCAAAAAAUGGGUAUACAAAUUCUCCCUCAGCAAAUGUUGGGCGAUAUUAAAUAUCGAAUAGUGGGCGGUGAUAAGGACAAAUUUUUCAAAGCCGAGGAACGUAUCAUUGGUGAUUUUUGUUUUCUUUUGAUUCGGACUAGAACCGGUAAUGUUGAUGUUUUGAAUCGUGAACGUAAUGAUAGAUAUGUUUUGGAAGUGCGCGCCACAUCGACAAGGAGGGAUAAGAAUAAAAUUACGGUUCUUGAGGCGGACACAACGGUUGCGGUUUCGGUUUUAGAUACAAAUGAUCUGAAUCCUCUUUUCUAUCCCACUGAAUAUGAGGCAACUGUUACUGAGGAUACACCUUUACAUCGUAGUAUUAUGAAAGUAAUAGCUGAGGACGCCGAUUUUGGAAGGAAUGGAGAAAUUUAUUAUAGUUUCGCCGAGGAGACGGAUCAAUUUGCUAUUCAUCCGGUUAGUGGGGUGAUCACACUCACGAGGCCUCUCAGAUACGUGGAGCGAGCGAUGCAUGAAUUGGUGGUGCUGGCAAAGGAUCGUGGCGCAAUGUACAGGAGCACUGGUGCAUCAAGAGCGAGCACAGCAAAAGUGACAAUUAAAGUUCGUCAGGUGAAUCUCCACGCACCGGAAAUCUACGUUCAUCAUCUUCCCGACAUUCUCGAGCACUCGAAUGCCGAUAUUUACGCAAUCGUACGCGUCAUCGAUCGGGACAGUGGUCCACAUGGACAAAUAGGAAGUCUGGAAAUUGUUGGCGGCGAUCCGGAUGGUCACUUUCGUGUACGACCCUCGACAACACAAUCCGGUGAAUACAAUAUCGAAGUGCUACAUCUCUUGGACCGUGAGACAGCCCCUCGUGGUUACAAUCUCACUCUUCGUGCUGUCGAUCGUGGAAUUCCCCAACGUUUCAGCUAUAAAUCCCUUCCCGUUCAUCUCACCGAUCUCAAUGACAAUGCACCAGUUUUCAGUCGUGAAAUCUACGAAGUCAAAGUUCCCGAGACAUCGCCAAUUAACACACCGGUAAUCCGACUGAAAGUAACCGACGCCGACGAGGGUAAGAAUGCACUCGUCUUCCUUGAAAUUGUCGGCGGUAAUGAGGGUGGUGAAUUUUUUGUCAACGCCGACACUGGAAUGUUGUAUACAGCAGUAAAUUUGGACGCGGAGAAAAAGGCCUUUUACACAUUAACUGUUUCGGCAGUAGAUCAAGGCAAUGCCGGAACGCGAAAACAAUCCUCAGCGAAGGUGAAAAUUUAUGUAGUCGACACAAACGAUAAUGAUCCAACAUUUGAGCAAACGGACAUGUUGGUGUGGAUCAACGAAAAUGAACCCGCCGGUACAACAGUGGUGAAAGUGACCGCAAAGGAUAAGGAUUCCGGUGAGAAUGCCUAUAUAUCGUACAGUAUUGAUAAUAUCAAAAAAGUCCCCUUUGAAAUUGAUCCAUUCACUGGGGUUAUUCGAACGCGUCAAGUUUUAGAUUACGAAACGAUGAAACGUGAAUAUAUCCUUCAUAUACGAGCUGGAGAUUGGGGUCUACCCUAUCAGCGGCGAACGGAAAUGAAACUCAAGAUCAAGAUUCAGGACGUGAAUGACAAUCGACCACAAUUCGAAAAGUUUGACUGCAGUGGUCAUGUACCGAGAUAUGUUCCAAUUGGAUCGGAGAUUAUAACAGUCUCGGCAAUAGACUUUGACGCUGGGAAUAUUAUCAGUUAUCGGAUCGUUUCAGGAAAUGGAGACGGGUGCUUUGCAUUGGAUUCGGUCAGCGGUGUACUAUCCGUCGCUUGCGAUCUCAACGAAAUUAAAGUAUCAGAUAUGGUGAUAAAUGUGACUGCAACUGAUGGUACACACUUUGCGGAUGUUAAUAGCAUUCAUAUUCAUUUUGUCACGGUGAAACGAAAUCUACCAUCGCAGGGGAAAAUUUUGUCUGACGAAACUGGAUCAUUUCAGUGUAAGGACACCGGGGUUGCUAGACGAUUAACGGACGCAAUUGCUUCGGCGGAGAAGAAUAAUAUGCCAGCAAUUGAGGAUGAACGUUCAAUGAUGCCUAGUCGGUACGGUGAGAAUAUUCACGCACCCGAAUUCAUUGAAUUUCCAAGUGAAAUAAAAGUUAACGAAUCCGUGAAAAUUGGGACGACUAUUUACAAAAUUCGUGCCAGGGAUCGAGAUUUGGGUUACAAUGGGAAAUUGGUAAUGGGAAUAUCAGGAGGUGAUAGGGAUUCGGUGUUUGGUAUUGAUCCUGACAGUGGGGAUCUGAACAUCAUUGGUCAUUUAGAUCGGGAGAAGGAAAAUGAGUAUUUUCUCAAUAUCAGUGUGUACGAUCUUGGUAAACCGCAAAAAUCGUCAUCGCGAAUGUUGCCGGUGACAAUUCUUGAUGUCAAUGACAAUGCUCCAAAAUUUGAGAAAUCUUUGGCUAAGUUUCGUGUUUCGGAGAACGCACUAAAUGGGACGAGUAUUUUCAGAGCGAAUGCUACGGACGCUGAUCUUGGGGAGAAUGCGAGAAUCACCUAUUCCUUGGUGACGGAUACAAACGAUUUUCUUGUCGAUCCAGUGACAGGGGUUUUGAGUGUCUUUGGAAAAUUGGAUCGUGAACGGCAGGAAUUUUACGAAUUGAGAAUACGUGCCAAGGAUCAUGGUGGUCAGGGUGAUACGCCGCCGUUAUUUUCCGAUGCCAUUGUCAGUGUCACGGUUGACGAUGUCAAUGAUAAUGCGCCAACUUUUGCACUUCCAAAUUACACGGUGAAAAUAAGGGAGGACGUGCCUAUUUGGAGUGUGGUUGCUGUUGUCGAAGCCACUGAUCCAGAUGAAGGACCAGGGGGAAGUGUCGAGUACUUUUUGUCUGACGCUAUGGAGAGUGAAGGGUUCUUCAAAGUAGACAAAGUGUCGGGUACUGUGAGGACUAAUCAGACUUUGGAUUUCGAGGAGAGACAGGUUCAUACUCUGACAAUUAUUGGAGUCGAUAGGGGAGAGCCGUCUUUAUCUUCUGAGACAAUGCUAAUUGUUGAAGUUGUCGAUGUGAAUGAAAAUCUUCAUGCACCUGUAUUUGAUGACUUUGUUGUGUCCGCGAGUAUUUUGGAGAAUCAACCGGUCGGUACAUUGGUGACAACAGUUCGUGCAAAGGAUGCUGACCCUCCUGGUGGCGAUUCGAGAAUUGGAUACAGCAUUCGAGCGGGAGAUGGCAUUGGAUUAUUCACCAUUGACAAUGAAGGAAAUAUAAAAACAAAAGCUGUUUUGGAUGUGGAAACAAAAAGGGGCUACUGGCUGACGGUUUACGCACAGGAUCACGGUGUGGUUCCACUGAGUUCAAAACAAGAAGUGUACAUUGAAGUCUUGGAUGAAAACGACAAUAUUCCUCUCACUGAACUGCCUGUCUAUUAUCCUUCAGUACCUGAAAACUCACCAGCUGGCGUGAAUGUAGUUCAAAUACGAGCAUUAGAUCGUGAUGUUUCGUCUCAGCAAUUCACUUUUUCUAUCACAAGUGGCAAUCCAGAAGGCUAUUUUCUCAUCAACUCUACGACCGGUGUCAUUACCACCACUGGGAGAAAAUUGGAUCGUGAAAAUCAGGCGGAACAUGUACUGGAGGUUUCAGUGAAAGACAAUGGUAAACCACCGCUCUCAUCAACGACUCGUGUUGUCGUCAAAGUUGAGGACGUAAAUGACCACGGUCCUGAGUUCGAGCAGAAAUUUUACAUCGUUCAAAUUCCAGCAUCGCAAGACAUUGACAAACCGCUAUUCCAGGUGCUUGCCUGUGAUAAAGAUGUUGGAGACAAUGGACGAAUUCAGUACAGCAUUAAAAGUGGAAAGGGAAAAGGAAAAUUCAAAAUUCACCCCUCGACAGGAAUGGUUUAUUCUCAACGUGGUUUCGAGGCUGGUCAAGAAUACGAAAUGCUUAUACGAGCCGCAGAUUUCGGGGAACCACAAAGAAGUCAUCAAACUCGAGUAUCAGUUCAAGUCGUUGAAUUACCGACCGAGUCGGAAAACCCGCCAAUUUUCAAAACAACCAAUCAGACUGUUAAAAUUACCGAAAGUGAUAAAGUGGGAUUCCUAGUUGCACUGGUGCAAGCGACAGACAAAGACGGUGACACUUUGUGGUACGACAUAAUUGAUGGCGACAGCAAAGACGAAUUCUUCAUUGGCAGAGACAAUGGAAAUGUCCUUCUGGCAAAGCAAUUAGAUUGGGAAACAAAAAACUUUUACAAUUUAACAAUUAGCGUAACCGACGGUAUUCAUCAAGCAUACACGCAAUUAUUUGUCACCGUUAUUGACAUCAAUGAUCAUAGACCUGAAUUUAGUGAGAGUAUUUAUCGUGUGGAAAUUUCGGAAAAUGUGGAAAAAGGCGAAACAGUAUUACAAUUACACGCGACAGAUGAGGACGAGGAUAAAAAGGUCUUCUACAGUCUUCAUUCAGCUCAAAAUCAAGCGUCACUGGAAAUCUUUCAUGUCGAUUCAUUAACCGAAACAAUAACCCUAAAGGAAUCAUUGGACCGUGAAACAAUUGAAGAACACAUUUUAACUGUAAUGGUGAAAGAUCAAGGAACGCCGGCAAAGAGAAAUUACGCCCGUGUUAUUGUCACUGUACACGAUCAUAAUGAUCAUGCACCGGAAUUUACGAGCGAAAUUAUUCAGGGUAAAAUUUAUGAAACUUCAGCAGUUGGCAGCACUGUGGUUCAGGUUUACGCCAUCGACAAAGAUCGUGGUAAAAAUGCACGUAUCACAUACUCAAUAACAUCAGGAAAUGUUGGCAAUGUUUUCAGCAUCGAUUCCAAUCUGGGAAUAAUACGAGUAGCACGAGAAUUAGAUUUAAGCACAUCCUCAGAAUACAUUCUUCUUGUGAAGGCAACGGAUCACGGUACACCAGCUCUAUCAAAUUCAGUUCCUGUUCAUGUAAUGAUAACAAUGGCCGACAAUGCUCCCCCGAGAUUCCUGCAGAAGGAACUCGCUGCCGAGAUUUACGAGAACCAACAAAUUGGCACGUACGUGAAACACGUCGAGGCAAGAAGUACCUCAUCCCUCAUGUUUGAAAUCAUGCGUGGAAAUCGAGACAGUACAUUCUUUGUGAAUCCAAGCACUGGCGUUAUCACAACAAAAAAUAUUCUCGAUUAUGAGAAAACGAAAUUCUACAAUUUAACACUCUUGGCAACAAAUAUGGCCGGUGCAACUGCAAUGUGUAAUGUUAUUGUCCACGUUCUGGACAAGAACGAUAAUCCACCUCAUUUCCUGCAGGCUGUUUAUAUUGGCGAAAUCAGUGAAGGCGCCAUCAUUGGAUCAUUAGUUUUGACAAAUGGAAGUACGCCAUUGGUUAUUAAAGCGGAAGACGCCGACUCGGAACUUAAUGCUCUUCUCAAUUACGAUAUUGUUGAGGAUGUACCGAGGAAAUUUUUCCACAUCGAUUCGAGUACUGGAGCCAUUAGGACAGUUAUGGUAUUGGAUCAUGAAACAAUGCCGGAAUUUUCAUUUCAUGUCAAGGUCUCGGAUUUGGGAAAACCGAAAUUAUCAUCGGAAACGACGGCUAAAGUUGUUAUCACUGUGACUGAUGUUAAUGAUUGUCCACCCAAGUUCUUGAAAAAUGAGUACAAUACGACGGUUCUUUUGCCGACUUACAAGAAUGUUGCGGUUAUUACAGUGAGGGCGAACGAUCCCGACAGCACUGAAGGAACUCCUCUAAGAUACGACAUCAUUGACGGAAAUCAUGGACAAUCGUUUGAAAUCGAUUCCCAUUCGGGUGUGAUAACAGUUCACGAUCCAGAGAAUUUAAAGAAACGCUAUCUUCUACACGUGAGAGUUUCCGAUGGAAAAUAUUCGAGUGUAACGCAAGUGAAUGUAAUCGUUGAAAAAUCCGAGAAUUCUGGUCUUGUUUUUGAGAAAGAAAUUUAUGAGGGUGUCAUUUUUGAGAAUACAACAAAAAUAACGACAGUCAAAAUUGUCAAUGUUUUGGGUAGUGAUUUACAUGAACAUGUGCUCUAUAGUAUUCUAAAUCCCACCGAUAUGUUCGUGAUUGGUUCAACGUCGGGUGCUAUCAAGACAACGGGAAAAAGAUUUGACAGAGAAGUUCGUGACAAUUAUGAACUUAUUAUUGAAGCAAAAAGUCAAAUGGAUAAAAGAAAACCCAGAGUUGCUCACGCUAUUGUUAAUGUGACAAUUCUCGAUAUCAACGAUAAUUGUCCGAUGUUUGUCAAUCUUCCUUAUUAUGCUGUUGUUUCUGUUGAUGCACAAAAGGGAGACGUCAUUACAAAGGUGCAUGCCGUUGACAUGGAUAGCGGCGACAAUGGAGAAGUUCGUUACGAAUUGAAGAAAGGACACGGAGAAUUAUUCAAAGUCUGUCGAAAAACUGGAGAAAUAUCUCUGAAACAAAAUUUGGAGGGUCAUAAUCGGGAAUAUCAGUUGAUGAUUGCUGCUUAUGACGGUGGUUCAACGCCUUGCUCAAUCGAAGUGCCUGUUAAUGUUAAAGUAAUCGAUCGCUCGAUGCCAAUCUUCGACAAACAAUUUUAUACCGACAAUGUUCUCGAAAGUAUCGAACUCCAUUCUCCAUUAACACUGUCAAUUCAAGCAGAAUCGCCUUUGAAUCGAAAAUUGAUUUAUAGCAUCACGAAAGGAAAUGACUUUGAGGAAUUCGCUUUGGACUUCAAUACCGCCCCCGACAGUAACAAUGGUCCUUGUGUAAUCUAUGUGGUCGAUGAGCUGGAUUACGAACAGAAGAAACAGUACGAAUUGACAGUACGAGCAACUGACAGUGUCUCCGGUGUAUUCGCUGAGGUGCUCGUCAGCAUUUUAGUCCAGGAUGUCAACGACUGUCCACCGGAAUUCAGCCAGGAUUCUUACAAUAUUUCCGUCUCCGAAGCCGCGCCGUUUGGAACAUCAGUUCUCAAAGUUACAUCCCGAGAUAAUGAUACAGGCAUAAAUCAGAAAGUACGGUACGCAAUUCAGAACGACACAAACAAUAGUAGAGAUCUUUUCCAUAUCGAUCCGGAUGAUGGAGUUGUCUUCCUGAAGAGAAGUCUCGACCACGAAACCCACGACUCCCAUCACUUCACAGUGAUCGCCAUCGAUCGAGGCGUACCUUCCCUCUCAAGUACAGCACACGUCUGGGUCACCGUUGUCGACAUGAACGACAAUCCUCCAAAAUUCGAGCAACCAUCCUACUCGUGUUUCCUCUCCGAGCACGCAGAACGUGGUCAAUUCGUCACAGUCGUCACUGCCAGCGAUCCCGACUUCAUCGACGAUAAACUCACCUACACCAUCGUCGGCGGCAACGAUCAGCAGACCUACAACAUUGAUCCCUACUCCGGAAUAAUAACCCUCAUCAACAUGCAAAAUUUCGGUGAAAACAAAUUAACCCUCCUCAACGUUUCCGUAACCGACGGCGUUUACACCAGUUUCGCCAGAGUGAAAAUCGAAAUCCUUCCAGCGAAUCGUCACAAUCCCAAAUUCCCAAAUCCAAUAGUUGACGUCACUGUCCUCGAGAACCAAUUGCCAGGAAGACUGGUGACGCAGGUCAUCGCCACCGACGAGGAUUUCGGCGAGUACGGAGAAAUUUCCUAUUCAAUUCCCUCGGAGGCGAUGAAGGACAUCUUCGAUGUGAACAAACAAACUGGCGAAAUUACCACCAAGAAGAAAUUAGAUCGUGAGUACAGGAAGCUUUACGAAAUCCCCGUAAUGGCAACCGACGGCGGUGGACGACCUGGAUUCGUGAUGGUCCGCGUGAAAGUCGGCGACGAGAAUGAUAAUCCACCAGUCUUCCUAUUAGGCGAGUACAAGGCCACAAUUGCCGGAAAUCUCACCCUGAACACAGUCUUCCUGAAGGUGAAAGCAAUCGACGCUGAUGAAGGCGAUGCCGCAACGAUCGAGUACUCCAUCUACGAACCCCAAGAAUCAAAAGCCAAGGGUCUCUUUGGAAUUAAUUCCGAGUCCGGUGCGUUAUUCCUGAUUAAGAACGCCACCGCUUGGGAGAAUCAAUUAUUUCAAAUCUUCAUUCGCGCCGAGGAUAAGGGUCUAAAAACCUAUCACGCCGAUGUGCCUCUCAAUAUUCUAAUCACCGGUCCCCAGGACACUCCACCCCUUUUCGAAAGAAUGAACGAAAAGUUCUUCUACUCAGAGUCCUCCGUUGUUGGGACAGUGAUAACAAAAUUAAAAACCGUGACGAACAGUACCGUGAAAUAUAGAAUUCUCCCCGGACUCGAGGAAUCAUCACUCUUCGAUAUCGAUCAAAAUGGACAAAUCACAUUAAUUGAGGCUUUAGAUCGCGAAAUUCGGGAUCAUCAUCUAAUUGGAAUUUUAGCUGAAACUGAUUCAAGUCCCCCAUUGACUGCUUUGGCGGAAAUUUCCCUUCAAGUUCUAGACGAGAAUGAUCAUGCACCAAAGUUUGAGAGUAAUCCGUAUAUUUUGAAUUUGGCCGAGAAUAUUGAGGAGGGGACGGCAAUUUUGAAAAUUGUUGCUCAUGAUAAGGAUCUUGGAAGUAAUGGAGAAGUGAGAUAUUCCUUUGGAACGGACAUUGGUGACUUGGCGAAUGUCUUCACUGUCGACGCCUAUACUGGAUGGAUUUCGACAUUGGUGCAGUUGGAUAAGGAAAAGCAGGCGGAGUACAAAUUUCAGGUCAUUGCAACUGACAAUGGAAAUUCGAAACACUUUGCCCGAACAACGGUUCACAUUAAAUUGAAGGACUACAAUGAUAAUGCACCAAUUUUCGUCGACGGUCCCUACGAAGCAUCGGUUAAGGAAAACGCCCUCCCGGGAACGGUUCUUGUUAAAUUGUCAACAGCCGAUAAGGACGUUGACAUGAAUACAUCAGUCGACUUCUACAUUACUGCCGGAGAUCCAAGAUCGCAAUUCCAGGUUCGUUCGACCGGUGAAGUGUUUGUCGCCAAAUCUCUGGACAGAGAAACAACCGACAGAUACGAAUUAUCAGUCACUGGAACAGACGGAAAAUUCGUAUUCAAGACGAAGGUGACUGUAGAAGUCCUAGAUGUGAAUGAUAAUCCUCCCUAUUGCCUUCGAUACCGUUAUAGAGAGAUUCUUUCCGAGGGUUCACAUCCCGGAACGUAUGUUCUGACCGUUCUGGCAACAGAUUAUGACGAUGAGGAGAAUGCAAAGUUGCGUUUUUAUCUCACCGGGGAUAAUAAGGAGAAGUUCUCGCUCGAUAAGGACACUGGGGUCCUGAAGACUGUUGGACAAUUGGAUCGCGAAACACAGGCGAAAUAUUCCCUCACUGCUCAUGUACAGGAUCGAGACAAACCGACCUGGGAAUGUUCGUCACAAUUGGAGAUACUCGUUUCCGAUUUGAAUGACAAUGCUCCGAAAUUUAUGAUGCAGUCCUACAGUACAACACUGCCGGAGGAUGUAGAAGUUGGAACUUUGGUGACAAAAGUCCACGCCACUGACGAUGAUAUUGGCAUCAAUCGAAAGAUUCGUUACGAAUUUAUCGACUCGGCGAAUAAUCAUUUUCAAAUUGCUGCCGACAGUGGAAUUAUCACUCUCGCCAAGCCGCUCGAUCGUGAAACAAAGGCAAUGUACAAUGUCACCAUUCAGGCGAUGGAUCAAGGAACACCUCAAUUGAUGAGUGUCGCUUCCCUAGUUGUCAAUGUUCAGGAUAUCAAUGACAAUCCACCGGAAUUCACUUCCAAGUUUUAUUUUGCUCGUGUUCCGGAAAUCGAUGCAAUUGGCACUGAGGUUGCAAGGGUUCUUGCAACAUCGAAGGACACGGGUGUUAAUGCCGACGUUUACUAUUCGAUAAUCGGUGGGAAUGAGCACAAGAAGUUUCAAAUUAAUGCACAGACGGGUGUUAUUGCAAUUGCUGAACAAUUGGAUUACGAGAGGGCGAGGGAUUAUUUCCUAACGAUUCAAGCUGUUGAUGGGGGUAUUCCUCCGUUGAGUAAUCACGCGACUGUUAAUAUUACCGUACUCGACAGUAAUGAUAAUCCGCCAAUUUUCAGCGAAGUUUCGUAUCGAGCUGCUGUUAAGGAGGACGCUAUCGCUGGAGAAAAAGUAACACAGGUAUAUGCGAACGAUUUGGAUAGCGAGGAGAACGGAAUAGUUUCGUACUUCAUAGAAAGGGGUGAUAAAUUGAAACAAUUUAGUAUCGACGAGAAAACUGGAGUGAUAUCAGUAGCAGCGCCUCUUGAUCGAGAAACCGUACCGAAUUACGUUCUCGAGGUUCAUGCCCGCGAUUCCGGUCUACCGACACUCACCAGUUUCGUUAUGGUCAACAUCGAGAUUCUCGACGCCAAUGAUAAUCCCCCACAAUUCUCGCAAGCAAAUUACACCACAAUUAUUCAAGAAAACAAACCCAUUGGUCACGUUGUUCUUCAAUUUAUGGUAACCGAUCAAGACAUCUCGCCGAACUCCGAUCCCUACACUUUCGAUUUCCGCUCUGGCAACGAAGGAAACUCGUUCCGCCUCGAACAGGACGGUUCUCUUCGUACCGCGACUAAAUUCAACAAUCGUCUCAAAGACAAAUACGUCCUUCAUAUUCGUGUCUUUGACAACGGAAGUCCACCACUCUAUUCCGACGCCUAUGUCGUGGUGAAGAUCAUCGAGGAAUCACAAUAUCCACCGAUUGUCACACCUUUGGAAAUAGUCAUCAAUUCCUAUCUCGACGAAUAUCCGGGCGGAGUGAUUGGCAGGGUUCACGCCUCCGAUAAGGAUCAGUACGACACUCUUCUCUACACUCUAGCGCCGUCGUCACCGAAUCCAAAUACCGAUCUCUUUCAAAUCGAUAAACUCGAUGGGACCCUGGUCGCUUUGCCAAGACUCGAUGUUGGUGAAUAUCGACUCAAUGUCACCGUGACCGAUAGCAAAUUCAUCUCGUACACUAUUGUUAAAGUCUCCGUGGACCUAGUGAACGAGAAGAUGCUCGAUAAUUCGGCGAUAGUCCGCUUCAGGGAGGUGAGUCCCGAGGAUUUUAUCCUUAGUCAUCGGAAAGGCUUUCUACGAACUGUGCGCAACGCCUUAAAUUGUCGACUUAAGGACGUGGUGAUAAUUAGCGUUCAAGCGUCAACAGACGAGGCGAAUUUGAUAAAAUCCCGCGCUCUUCGACAGAAUUCAAAAAAUCCAAAAAAUUCCACAUUUAGAUUCCCUCGUCAGGCUAUUCAUAAUGAUCUCGAUCUUCUGUUCGCGGUGCGAAAACCGAAUGGGUUCUACAGUUCGGAAACAAUACGAGAGGCUUUAAAUCAACAUCUAGAGGAGUUGGAGGAAUCGACGAAACUUGUCGUGGAGGAAAUUGUGAGAUUCAAAUGCACUAAGGGUUAUUGUCUCUACGGCGAUUGUCAGGAUAGGAUUAUACUCGAUCCCCUACAGAUUGCACCAGUUUCGACUGAUGUGACAAGUUUCGUUUCACCGAAGCAUAAGCAGAAGAUGGAUUGCAAUUGCAAAGAGGGCUAUGCCGGUAGUCAUUGCGAACUUGUAGUGAAUGAGUGCGCGAGGGAUCCGUGUCCGAUUUUCAAACAGUGUAUUCCUGAUUCGUCCAUUCAGGGAUAUUCCUGUCAGUGUUCGGAGGGAUUUGCCGGGCAGACGUGCGAGAUUAAUAUCUCCAAGUGCCAUGAUGAUUCAUGUUACAUACCGAGGAAUCCGAUUUCGUUCAGUGGGAAGAGUUACGCUAGGUAUAAAAUCGAUAAGUUGAUUGUUCGCGAAACGGUUGAGGAUCGUUUGAGUUUGUCGUUGAGGAUACGAACGGUGCAACUUACUGGGAGUUUGAUGUACGCGGCGGGAAAGGUGGAUUAUAAUAUUCUGGAGAUUGCGAACGGUGUGGUGCAAUAUCGAUUCGAUUUGGGAAGUGGAGAGGGAUUGGUGAGAGUGAGCAGUACUUAUGUUAGCGAUGGACAGUGGCAUGAGAUACAGUUGGAGCGGGAUAAGAACAGUGCGAAGGUGGUGGUCGAUGGGAAGUAUUUUGCGCACGGGGCCGCGCCGGGAAGUAACGAGAUUCUUAACCUCCAGUCGGAUGAUCUGUACCUUGGAGCUGAGGUUAGACAACAUCCCUCGAUCUUGGGUUUCGAGGAUGUCCAACGUGGGUUUAUUGGGUGUAUGGACGAUAUGCGGAUUGCGAAAAUCUCCGUACCGUUGCAUAUGAGUGGAGCUAGCAGUGUCGCCGUUUUGAAGAGAUUCGCGAAUGUGGAAUUCAGUUGCGAUCCGGGGAUAAUCCUAACGCCGCCUGGAAUCUGCGGUUCGCAGCCCUGUCAGAACGGAGGGACUUGCAAGGAGUCAGGAAACGAUCACUACGAGUGUGAGUGUCACGGGAGAUUCACAGGCAUCGCUUGCGAAAUUGAUACCGAUCCUUGCGCCUCAUCUCCUUGUUUGUACGGAGGAAGAUGUCGUCUAGUGCCUGAAGGAGGGGAUUUCACUUGCGAAUGUGUAGGACUGAGCUUAAGCGGGAAACGGUGCGAAUUCGGGAGGUACUGCAGUCCUAACCCUUGCAUCCACGGCGGAGUUUGCGAAGAAGGAAACAAUGGACCGAUCUGCAAAUGCCAAGGUUUUAGGGGAGAGCGCUGCGAGACUGACAUCAACGAAUGCGACACUAACCCCUGUUCGAAUGGUGGGACCUGCAUUAACGAACUAGGCAGUUAUAGAUGCAUCUGCCCGGCCGAUAUGUCAGGGAACAAUUGUGGAAAUCCGGCUUUCACGUCCGUUAUCUCGAGGUAUCUCAACAUCACUUCGGAACAACUCAUGUGGAUCGGAAUCGCUCUAGGAGCGAAUAUCAUCCUUAUCAUAAUAUUCGUCUCCUGUAGGAAGGUAAGAAGCAAACGGAAUCGCGCGAGAGCGAAUCACAUCAACAAUGAGACGAGAAAACAAAUUGUCCUCAAUUCAGCAAGAACCAAUGAACACGAAUUCAAGCGGAGUUCCAAACUCAGUAAUUUGGAAGUUAUACAGAGAGAACCUCCCCAAUGUCCCCCUAGACCCGCUUCCUAUACUCCUAGUUCGAACAAUGAGCCGGUUGCGUAUAGUAAUACGGCGGCAGUGGCUUUAAACAAUUUGGAUACACUGAGAAGUUAUGGAAGUGCUGGUGAUGAAUUGGAGAUAAUCCCUCCAGAUUAUCUGCGUAAUUUGAAUCGCAGAACUCCUGUACCUCCUCCAUCGUUAGGUCAUUCAAUUCCAGUUGGUGGUAAUAACGCUGGCGGUAGUGACAACGAUAGUCUACAUAAACCCUCAUGGCAGGAACAAAUGCAACUCGCUUCAUUCAUCUCCGAUGCGGCUAAAAUUAAGAAUGACCUGAGACGAGCGAGCCCAGUGGUAUCAGAGCUGACCACUGGAGGACUUCUACUAAAUUCUACCCGGCAGAUGCCUCACGGAGGUGGUUCCUCCGUUACAUCUCUCUCGGUUAUCGAGGAUGAUCCUCGCAUUGUUGGCGGUUAUCACUGGGACUGUUCAGACUGGGUCAGACCAAAUCAGAACCCGCUGCCAAAUAUCACGGAAGUUCCUGGAAGUGAAGUUCCAGACUCAUCCAGUUUCCACAGUAACGAAAGCAACGAGUCAAACACACAUCAGUUACCAUCAAUGCAUGGUCCAAUAGACACAACACGCGAUAUCGAAACACUGAAUGAGGACCAGGAAUCGGAAUACGUAGGCGAUUCAGAAUGCGGUACGGACUUUUCCGAACACUUUUGUCCAGAGACACAACGACUAAAUCCACUGGACAGCGGCGGUGAGGGUGAGUACAAAUACAAGGAUUCCGAAAGUUAUUUACGACAUCCAAAUUCGUAUCUACCGCAUUAUAAUAUAAACACGGAUACGGAGAAUGAGGCGCAUCCGCUCAACGGUCGGCUGGGUGAUGGCCUCGAGUCCGAGGAGGAGGAUGAUGAGGACGACGUAGUGCCUUAUGGUUUCCCAAGCACGCGACGCAAUCGAUGUCACAAUAAUAAGGGUGACGACGUCGACGAUAUCGGCUCAGUCAUCACUACACUCGAGGAGAGGAACUCGCUCCUCGGCGGUGCAACGAGCAAUAGCGAUCUCUCGACAAAUUUAUGCGAGAUCGAUGACUCCGAGUACGAGAUUCCCGAGCACAAAAGUAAUGGCCGAGCCUGGCUCACUGGCAGCGUCACGCAAACCUCCGUGUGACGAUUCAUCAUCAAUCAUCGUUGUGCUCUCGAGCAAAGACUGUUUUAAUAUUUAUAAUUAAUAAUAAUACGCAAUUUUGUACAUAAUUAACUAUAUAUUGUAUAUGUAAACUUUAAAAGAUAAAAGGAGAAAAAUGAAAAAACCUGUACAGGCAGCUAGCUAGAGUUACGAUGCGAUUGGAAAUUUUGUUCAGGAUUCCAUCAGUGCCAUCUUUACUCCAAAACUGUAAUUUUGUUCAGAUUUCAAAAUUAAGGGGUUACAUGCAGUUAGACAGACAAAAAAGUCGGUAUUUUAGGAAUUUUUACUCAGAAAACUAUUGAGUAUUUCAAUUUAAAAAUUAAUGCACUUAAGGGUAAUUUGAACUUUAUUUUGACACUAGCAAAUCUUACGCGCACUAGAACCCGAAACUUGCUAUUCAAUUUUUAUUAUGCAAAUUACAAAACUUUUUAUUUUCAAAAAUGAAUUUUUGAAUAAUUACAAACUCAAACUUUAAAAUUCAUUAAAAUUAUUAACUAAUUUAUU